AUGGAUGUGCUGUCGACUCUGUACUUCGUUAGAGCGACGCGGCACCAAAGUGGGGACGAGGCGAGUGAACAGAGUCAACUGGUGGGCAUACGUCUGACGGCUUCGGAACUGGCAGUCCUCAUUUGUGGUGGAACGGACUGGCCGAGGCUGGGACGCAAGUCGAAUAAAGCAGACGCUGGGGCAUCAGGCGAAGCCGCUCCUGACCUCUUGGAACCGCACAUCCUGCGUUCCCUCGGCGACAUCAAGGCGGUCUCCGUCCACGCCAGUGCGCACGGCGCGCACUUCGUCGUCCUCGAUAUAGACGGCGGCGCGUGGUUAUUCGGACGCAACGGCUCGUCAGCUUUGGGCGUCGCGAGCACCACCGACGCCAUCUCUGAAAACGCGCCGAGACUGGUCACGGCGGCUGACCUGGGUGCUGCCCCGGGCACGAAGUUCGUCCAUGCUGCGUGUGGGCGGAACCAUACUCUGCUGGUGGGUUCUGACGGGCGGUUGUGGUCGGCGGGUAUCAACACGCUCGGCCAGUGCGGACACACUCCUUCGCCUGAUGUACCAACGUUCAAAGCUGUUACUGUAACAUCCAAGACAGGCGAGAAAGAGCAUGUUAUCCAGGCUACGGCGGGCAUCACCUUCUCUGCUCGCUCAUCCCACUCAGUUUACACGUUCGGAAGUGGUGAGAAGGGUCAACUUGGGAACGGCAAGACCGGGGAGAGGAUUAUGACCGGGAACAAGCUUUCCUUCGAUGUUGUGUCACAGCCUAUGCAAGUCGAUGGUCUCGACAACAAGAAGAUUGUCCAGGUCUCUGCUGGCCAACAACACUGUAUUGCAUUAGAUUCGACUGGAAUGGUGUAUGUCUGGGGGUACAAUGGUUACUGCCGUCUGGGUCUGGGCAACCAGGUCGAUGAACUGAGACCCAAGCUGGUACCGAACUUUGCUGGAAACAAUCCGCAGCUGAAUGGUGCAUCUGUCGUGGCCGGUCCAUCGAACAGCGUGGUGUGGAAAAACACGGGAGAGGGAUCGUCUGGUUCCCCGUACUCGACCUUCCGGUACAUGCAGGACGUCAUGGCCUGCAAAGUGAUCAAAGCUGCAUGUGGUGGCGUGACGCAUUGGCUGAUCACCCCGGACGACGACGACAGUGCAACAGGCGAGCCUAUGGUGAUGACAGUCGCUUGGGGCCAGAAUGCUGCAAAUGGCGAGCUGGGCCUAGGCUUCGACGAGCCGAAGAGCGCCACCAAGCCUACGAAACACAUUCCAUUGACUGGCAUCUACGUCCUCGAUGUCGCCGCGGGCCAGCAUACGACGCUGUUCAUCGUGAAGCCGGGGAGCGAGAAGUAUUCUGAUCUUCCCAGACAUCCUGCAGAUCUUGGCCCACCAGAGACAUGUGUCGAAUGUGGGAUUGACCAGGGUGAUGAUGGCGACGACGUCCUGGAAUGCGAAAAGUGUGACGGGCCGUGGCACCUGAAGUGUCUGAGCCCACCGCUGGAAAGCGUCCCGGACGGUGAGUGGUUCUGCCCAGACUGUGUAGCGCACCCGGGCGCAAGCGUUUCGGCGGCCGCCAAACGUCUGAAAGCGAGGAGUCUCAAACGAAGAGCCGACUCUCCCGUCCUGCAUGCCAGUAAGAAGAAAAGACACUAGUCAGGUUGUU